AUGGCGGCCGGCGGCAGCCUCAGCCGCUCCGAGCGGAAGGCGGCGGCGCGCGCCGAGAUCCUUCAGCAGGAGGAGCAGCGAGACCGGCGGAGACAGGUUUCUCGCAUCUGGAGGAAGCCGCCGGCGGAACGGAGCCCCGAGGAAUGUCAGGUGCUGAGCGAGAGCGAGGACAUCGUCCGGGAGCUGGAGAGGCGCCGCAAGAGGCGCGAGCGGCUGCGCCGACGGCAGGAGGAGGUAUGUGAUGAGCCAGAGGAGCUAAAGAGAAAGGUCACUGAGCUGGCUGCUGCUAUCCGGAACGCCAAGCACCUUGUCAUCUACACAGGAGCAGGGAUCAGUACGGCAGCUUCGAUCCCAGACUACCGAGGCCCCAAUGGCAUUUGGACAUUGCUGCAGAAGGGCAGGAGCAUCAGUGCUACAGAUCUGAGUGAGGCAGAGCCCACGCUCACCCAUAUGAGCAUUGCUUGCCUACACAAGCAUAAUCUGGUGCAGCACGUGGUAUCUCAAAACUGUGAUGGGCUGCACCUGCGAAGUGGGUUACCUAGAUCAGCAAUAUCUGAGCUUCAUGGAAACAUGUACAUAGAGGUCUGCACUUCGUGUACCCCCAACAGAGAGUACGUGCGAGUCUUUGAUGUGACAGAACGCACGGCCCUGCACAAGCAUCACACUGGCAGGCUGUGCCACAAGUGCGGGGCACAGUUGAGAGAUACAAUCGUCCACUUUGGGGAGAAGGGGACACUGACACAGCCCCUGAACUGGGAAGCAGCAACAGAAGCUGCAAGCAAAGCAGAUGUGAUUCUUUGUCUGGGUUCCAGCUUAAAGGUUUUGAAAAAAUACCCCCGGCUUUGGUGCAUGAGCAAACCUCCACCUCGUCGUCCAAAGCUGUACAUCGUGAACCUCCAGUGGACGCCCAAGGACGACCUGGCUGCCCUAAAGCUGCACGGCCGCUGCGACGACGUCAUGCGGCUGCUGAUGGAGGAGCUGGGCCUGCAGAUCCCAGGCUACGACCGGGCGCGGGACCCCAUCUUCGCGCUGGCCGAGCCGCUGCGCCCCGACGAGCAGGGCACGCACUCCCGGAAGCCGGUGGCCCCGCCGCAGGGCGUCGAGCCGGCCGCGGCACCGCGGGACGAACACCCCGCCCGGCCCGGCGGCUGGUUGGGCCGCGGCUGCGCCAAGGGCACCCGGCGCAGGAAGAGCAACUGA